GGUUCCACAAUUGUUAUUGUUAAAAUAGAGGACGGUAGCCUAUAUAUACAUUUACCUAACCUUUUACCUGGAUACUUGUUCUGCAAUUGGUAUGCAAUGUAUAUUCCUUCGGUCUGCGGCAGUGCAGUUAUUUUUCAUGCCACUAACAGGUUAUUGUUUAUCAGAAUGCUAAAGUCGAUUAAAAUGUUUUGGUUGUUCGUUACAGUUGUUAUUCUUUGGCCUGCAGAAACGUUUCAGCUAAACGAAUAUUCGACAAUUAAACAUGGUUUGGCUGAAAUGACAAUUCAUUCCACAACGAGGAAGCAAAACGUGAAGCUGGAUUACAAAAUAUGUUUGGAUUCGAUGCCUUAUCAUAUUAAGGUGACAGCAAACCCCAAAUACAAUUCCGGAGUGGAGAAGUUUAACGUUACUGUUGUUCAAAACAAUUUCUACAACGCUGUUGUUGAGUUAGAACGAAUCGAUGAAGACUCAGGAUGGGGGGAAAUGCUUUUCACUGUGCAGUGGACGAUCUACCAUAUCUCAGAUUAUAUAACUUCAACCGCGACAGUGCAAUACCGCGUGGAUUACGAUACAGAUGUGAAAAUUACAGAAACAUCAAAUGUAUCAGCGGUUUAUGGUCAAGGUUCAUCGCCGUUACCAGCAUUACAAAACUCCUCUCAAUUGCAACCACGUCUGUCACAGGAAAGACAAAACGGUCACAGGUUUUUAGUAUUUGAUAAAAUUGACACGAGGCUGAUUACCAACCUUGAUCUAAAUCCUAAACAAGGAGAGAGUGACCUCAUUACUGUGUUUGUAGUUUAUCGACUUGAUAGUCCUAGAAGAAAUACAAAAAACUGGCAUGGGCUGUUCGGAAUAGACAACGGCGAUAAUGAUAAAGCGAUUGUAAUGAACGUUGACAGAUUGGAGAUAGGUGGUACAAUCAACAAGGGUUAUAUAAUAAAUACUUAUAGCCUGCCCAACGCCAACCCAAGAGCACUUCAUGUUUGGAAUGUUCUCAGUGUCCAGUGGAAUGUAGAUGGUGGCGUCGAUGCAAGCAGUAUGUGGUGUAACGGGAAAUUACUUCGAAGGUUUCAAGCCAGAACUAGUCCAUCAGAAACAAAAUUUGUAGUUGGUGCCAUCAGGCUAAACAACAGAGCCUACCUACAUGGAGCGAUUGGUGAAUUCGUACUCUUCAGAGGCAUCGUCAUACCCGAUGACGUAAUGAAGAAGUAUCAGCUACACUUCAUUAGGAAAUGGGGAAUAACGGCUGAUCCAAUCACAGUGUCAGGAUAUUCGUGUUUGAGUAACACACAGAACCUUUUCGUGCGUCAUAUUUACUAUAUAACAUUCUUGAAUGUAAAUGUAUAUAAUUUUUUCAAUCUUUAUGGGUGA